CAGCGUGAGGGUUGCUGCUACACCCUCUCCACCCCUGCUUACUGAAGGCUAAGAUUAGGUAGCAUACCCGCUUUGUACAGCUUCCCUUCCUGGCUAUUAUGCCCACAUUCCCAUACGAGCUGCAUAGCGAGAAGCUUGUAAAGGCGAAGAGGCGUUUGGCGACCUUUCCAUGCUAGAUGAUCACCUCCCAGUAAAUAACGUGAACAUCCACCGGUUAGCCAGCUAUCUGGCUGUCCUGCUCUGAUCUGAGUCCCAUCUGGAGCCGUUGAGCUUCACAGGUCAAGCUAUGCAAGUGGAUGCAUAAUCCUUUAUAUUGCCUCUUGUAAUCCCUGGAAUACACUGAUACUACAUUGGUGGGAACGUUACCGAGCAGUUUUGACAGCACAAAGUGUCUUGUCAAUUGCUGACAACGCUUAUUUGUGCUGGGAACCCACUGUUUACAUCUGAAACGCAAUAGUGGACGUCGCCUCCCCUGAAGUCUACCCGUAGGACUACUAUGCCUCUGGGCCUGGGCAGAAGAAAGAAGGCGUCCCCUCUUGUGGAGAAUGAAGAGGCUGAGCCUAUCCGUGGGAGUCUCAAUGUUUCGGGCAUGGACGGUCUGGACGGUGGCGUUGUAGGACUGGGUGAGGGAGCUACGUCAGAGGGGCUGCCACCCCCGCCCAGCAGCCUGAGACCCCGACUCAUCUUCCACACCCAACUGGCUCACGGCAGCCCCACAGGGCGCAUCGAGGGCUUCAGCAAUGUGCGGGAGCUCUACGCCAAGAUCGGAGAGGCCUUCGGCAUUCCCCCUGCUGAGGUCAUGUUCUGUACACUGAACACUCAUAAAGUGGACAUGGAGAAACUGUUGGGAGGCCAGAUUGGGCUUGAAGACUUCAUAUUUGCCCACAUUAAAGGACAGCGGAAGGAAAUUGAAGUAUACAAGGGAGAGGACGCCCUAGGGCUGACGAUCACUGACAACGGAGCCGGAUACGCCUUCAUCAAGAGGAUCCGAGAAGGCAGCAUCAUCCACCAGAUUCAGGUCAUCAACGUGGGCGACAUGAUCGAGUCCAUCAACGGCCACGGGCUGAUAGGCUGUCGGCACUACGAGGUGGCCAAGAUGCUGAAGGAGCUGCCCAGGGGAAAGGAGUUCACCAUCAAGCUGACAGAGCCCCUCAAAGCCUUCGACAUGAUCAGUCAGCGGUCCGGCGGGGCCAAGGCAGGCUCGGGCGUCCAGCUGGGCACGGGCCGGGGGACGCUUCGCCUGCGCGCCAAGGGCCCCGCCACGGUGGAGGAGCUGCCCUCUGCUUUUGAGGAGAAGGCCAUUGAGAAAGUGGAUGACCUCUUGGAGAGCUACAUGGGCAUUAGAGACAGUGAGCUGGCUGCAACCAUGGUGGAGCUGGGGAAGGACAAGAAGAACCCAGAUGAGUUUGCGGAGGCUCUGGACGAGACCCUGGGCGACUUUGCCUUUCCAGACGAAUUUGUCUUCGAUGUCUGGGGGGCCAUCGGCGACGCUAAGGUCGGACGGCUGUAGCCAUGACACCCAGAGGACCCGUGCGUGUGUGUGUGUGUGUGUGUGUGUGUGUGUGUGUGCAUGCGUGUUUGUUUGUAUGUGUGUGUGUGUGUGUGUGAGCGAAAGAGAGAGACAGCCUCAACAUGAAUAGCACUAUUAGGAUUUGUUACACCCCCGUGAAGAAUUAGCUGUUACCCAACCCCCUGCCCUUGUACUGCUACUCUUGACGUAGAGACUCCUUCCUGUUUAGUACAUGGGAGCCGCAGACUGCAAACACGUCGGUAGUGGACUCUGUCGUCUGGCUGUGUUACUGAACUGAGCGAAAUCACACAGUGGAUUUCCCCCAAGAGGGGACAUCCUUCUACGGUCGAUGUCUCCAGGUUUGUCCUGGCCUGGCGGUGAAGGCAGCCACAAUAGCGCUUUAAGAGUGGCGGAAGUGAAGUACUCGGGCUGAAAAAGGGACGUCUAUUUUUUCCACAUUCGCUCUCUCCGCGUUGCACGGCCACUGUAUGAAACAAAAUGAGAAACCUCAGCUUGUACCUCUGUUGGCUGGGCGGGCCUGCACCGGCCCCUCUGCCAGUUAUUGCACAGCACUGGACCUCGGCACCCCGGGACUCAUGUCUGCUUCCUGUGGCCCCGCCCACUCAAGACGGCCUCUCUGAAAAGCAUGCUGUGUCUGUGCUGUUCCAUUUUUACCUUCACAAAGAGCCGGUGUUUUUCUUUGUUGUGUUUUGUUGUAAUAUAGAAAUACUACGUGACCACCGGGAGUGACGUUAGUCAUUUGUAGUGGUCACCACCGCAAAGCUCAACCGUGACAACAGGAAAACAUUCCAGUCUUCAGUCGAUACCAAAAGUAAUCAAGCCAUUAAGGGGAGAAAUCUGUGUUAGUUCACUUUGUUUUCUUUACCUUUUGCGACCGUAUUGUUUGGAGCAAAAAUGGAAUGGAGCCCUGAUCGGUGAAUGGUGCAACCUUUUAAUUUUUAUUUUGUAUGUGCAGUUCUUUUGCAACGUUUUUACCCUUGUGUGAAGGGAAAUUCGAUUUUAACUUGUGUUUGGAAAUGUCUCGAUUCACUUUAAGAGCGUUACAGAAGACAGUAUUAACUGGGACAUGCAAUGGACGUACGUCAUCUGUAUUUGUAAGAGAAGAAGGACUGGUUAUAUGUUAAUCUGUACACUCGUCGCCCCAAUGUGCAUGCGUGUGAAGAUGGAUUGAACCAUCUGGGCGAAAACAACUGAACUGGCCUUGAUGGAAACCAAAUGAGUCGUUUCAUCGGCGUGUCAUGUCAUCCUAGUUCAAACACGGGCGUGGCCCAUUGCAUUCAUUCCAGGGUUGAGAUGCACUAUCGGGAAAAAUGUGGUGACUCCCACACGGCGAGGUCUCUGCCGUGCACUCAACUGUCUUGCUAUGAAGCUACUUGUUGUUUCAAUGAAGGUUACAUGUUGUACUUGACGUGGUCCAAGGAAAUAUGAUUUCAUUUUAUGGUGAUACUGUCUAAAUAUCCACGUAUAGCCAUUUUACAGGUGUAAGACUUUAUUUUUUUCUUUCUUUUAUUCAGUCGUUGGUUUGUUUUUGACAUUCUCUGAAGCUGAUGAAUUAUAUAUCCAGUGGUUUUGUGUAACGACUGAUGCUAGGGCACUAACACUAAGGGGAACAUUAUUUGAAUGGCUUUCUAAUACACUGUUGUCAACUUCAAAUUACAAUGCAAUAACAAUGA